CCGCUCCACCAGGCCCGGCCAGGCGGGCGCCCGGAGUCCGGAGCCCGGAGCUGGCUGGGAGCCGGCGGAUCUGCGGCGAGGAGGUGCCCGCGCUGGAGCAAGAGCUGGGCGGGAGCUGGAGCGGCGGCGCAGGUGGCGCUGGGUUCCCCUGGAGGCCCUUGGCCAGGCCUGAGCCCCUGUCGCCAUGGCCAUUGUGCAGACUCUGCCAGUGCCACUGGAGCCCACUCCUGAGGCCACCACUGCCCCACAACCUCCAGCCAUGGGCAGCGUGAGCAGCCUCAUCUCAGGCCGGCCCUGCCCUGGGGGGCCAGCUCCUCCCCGCCACCACGGACCCUCUGGGCCCACCUUCUUCCGCCAGCAGGAUGGCCUGCUACGGGGUGGCUAUGAGGCACAGGAGCCACUGUGUCCAGCUGUGCCCCCUAGGAAGGCCGUCCCUGGUACCAGCUUCACCUACAUCAACGAGGACUUCCGGACAGAGUCCCCCCCCAGCCCGAGCAGUGACCUUGAGGAUGCCCGAGAGCAGCGGGCACGCAAUGCCCAUCUCCGCGGCCCCCCACCCAAGCUCAUCCCUGUCUCUGGAAAGCUGGAGAAGAACAUGGAGAAAAUCCUGAUCCGCCCAACAGCCUUCAAGCCAGUGCUGCCCAAACCUCGAGGGGCACCAUCCCUACCUAGCUUCCUGGGUCCUCGGGCCGCCGGACUGUCUGGGAGCCAGGGCAGCCUAACCCAGCUGUUUGGGGGCCCUGCCUCGUCCUCCUCUUCCUCCUCCUCCUCGGCUGCUGACAAACCCCUGGCACUGAGUGGCUGGGCCAGUGGCUGCCCAUCGGGGACACUGUCUGACUCCGGCCGAAAUUCACUGUCCAGCCUGCCCACCUACAGCACCGGGGGUGCAGAGCCAGCCAACAGCUCCCCAGGCGGGCACCUGCCCUCCCACGGCCCCGGGCGGGGGGCACUGCCGGGUCCAGCCCGAGGGGCCCCUACUGGGCCCUCCCACUCGGACAGUGGUCGGUCUUCCUCCAGCAAGAGCACAGGCUCCCUGGGAGGCCGUGUGGCUGGGGGGCUCUUGGGCAGCGGUGCCCGGGCCUCCCCUGACAGCGGCUCCUGUGGGGAGCGCUCUCCGCCCCCGCCCCCACCCCCGCCACCCCCUUCGGAUGAGGCCCUGCUGCACUGUGUCCUGGAAGGAAAGCUCCGAGACCGUGAGGCAGAGCUGCAGCAGCUGCGGGACAGUCUGGACGAGAGUGAGGUGACCAUGUGUCAGGCUUACGAGGACCGGCAGCGGCACUGGCCGCGGGAGCGCGAGGCCCUGCGGGAGGACGGUGCGGCCCAGGCACAGCGGGCACAGCGGGCCCAACAGCUGCUGCAGCUGCAGGUAUUCCAGCUGCAGCAGGAGAAGCGGCAGCUGCAGGACGACUUUGCACAGCUGCUGCAGGAACGGGAGCAGCUGGAGCGGCGCUGCGCCACCUUCGAGCGGGAGCAGCGGGAGCUCGGGCCGAGGCUCGAGGAGACCAAGUGGGAGGUGUGCCAGAAGUCAGGCGAGAUCUCCCUGCUGAAGCAGCAACUGAAGGAGUCUCAGGCGGAGCUGGUGCAGAAGGGCAGCGAGCUGGUGGCGCUGCGGGUGGCGCUGCGAGAAGCCCGAGCCGCACUACGGGUCAGUGAGGGCCGGGCGCGGGGCCUGCAGGAGGCGGCCCGGGCUCGGGAGCUGGAGCUGGAGGCCUGUUCCCAGGAGCUGCAGCGGCACCGCCAGGAGGCCGAGCGGCUGCGAGAGAAAGCCGGCCAGUUGGACACCGAGGCCGCCGGACUCCGGGAACCCCCCGCGCCACCUGCCACCGCCGACCCCUUCCUCCUGGCGGAGAGCGAUGAGGCCAAGGUGCAGCGGGCAGCGGCCGGGGUCGGGGGCAGCCUGCGGGCCCAGGUGGAGAGGCUGCGGGCAGAGCUGCAGCGGGAGCGGCGGCGGGGCGAGGAGCAGCGGGACAGCUUCGAGGGCGAGCGGCUGGCCUGGCAGGCGGAGAAGGAGCAGGUGAUCCGCUACCAGAAGCAGCUGCAGCACAACUACAUCCAGAUGUACCGGCGCAACCGGCAGCUGGAGCAGGAGCUGCAGCAGCUCAGCCUGGAGCUGGAGGCUCGGGAGCUCGCCGACCUGGGCCUGGCCGAGCCGGCUCCCUGCAUCUGCCUGGAGGAGAUCACCGCCACCGAAAUCUAGGGCCCUCGGCGUCCCGGAUCUGCGGGGAGCCUUGCCGAACGGGGGGGGGGGGGGGGGGGGGGGGCCCGCAGGCCCGCUGAGGGCCCCAGAGCCGCCCGUCCCCCGCCCCCCGGGGGUCCAGGCCUCUGGGCCUCUGCCAAGAACUUGGGGCUGCCCUGUGACUCGGAUGAGCAAGAUCGGACUCCUCGAAGGUCCCCGUGUUCACUGUCACACAGAGGUUCCUGCUCACUCCACCCGUUUCACUCCUCAGCUGCCGCCAUUGCCACUCUGCCGACCGCAUUCAUCCCAGACGCCCGGGGUGGGUGGGGGGGGGGGGGGGGGGGUGCUGGGAAGAAGAAGGGGUUCCCUCGUUUCCACACUCCCCUACCCCGAAGCCAGAGAGAGCCAGACAGUGCCAGCUGCUCCAGAUGUGCCUGCCCCCA